AUGGCCUCCGUAACGUCACUCGACAAGGAUCUGCGCAAGGCGCGCCGCGAUAAAUAUACGCCCGCCGCCGCCAACGAGGCUCGAAGCUGGAUAGAGAAUGUCCUCGGCGAGAGGCUCCCGUCCUCUGACCUCCUGGAGGGACUGAAGGAUGGCCUCGCCCUGUGCAAGCUCGUCAACCUCGCCAUCGCCCCCCAGUCGGUCAGGUUCAAGAAGUCGGCCAUGCCGUUCGUCCAGAUGGAAAACAUCUCCAUCUUCCUGCGCGCAUGCCAGCAGCCGCCCCUCAACCUCCACCAGCACGACACAUUCCUCACCGUCGACCUCUACGAGCAAAAGGACCCGGCGCAGGUGCUCCAGUGCCUGGGCGCCUUCAGCCGUGCCGCCCACGCCGCCAAGCCGGCUCAGUUCCCCGAAGCCAUCGGACCCAAGUCGACGCCGACGGGGGGCAGCACCAUGAGCCCCCAGGCCACGGGGCCCUCCACCCCCAGAAACACGCGCGACCGCGGUGCCUCUGUCGCGAGCAACACGCCUUCGGCCUACCGGGGUACCGGCACUGGCAUCGGCAUCGGCACCGGCACCAAGCCCUUGUUCCCCUCGCGCACGGGCAACUCGGCCGGAGGCGGCCGGCAGAGCCCCACCAAGAGCCCGACGGACAGCAACGUCAGCAGCUGGAGCAGGAAGGAGCACGAGAGCGCCACGUCGCCGGCCUGGAACAUUGCCCAGUACGGCUACAUGGGCGGCGCCAGCCAAGGCAACCUGGGCAUCGCAUUCGGCGCCCGCCGGCAGAUCACCACGGCCACGCCGCAGGUGCCCAGCCUGGCGGACAAGGAGCGCGCGAGGCGCGAAGCCGAGGCGGAGGAGGAGCGCGCGAGGCGGGAGGCGGAGGAGAAGGAGGAGGAGCGGCGGCGCCUGGCCGAGCUGGAGGAGGAGGAGCGCGCGCGGCUCGAGGAGGAGAGGCGCUGGGAGGAGGAGACGACGCGACAGCGCGAGGAGGAGCGUCGGCGCGCCGAGGAGGAGAGGCUCCGGUGGGAAGAAGAGGAGAGGCAGUGGCAGGCGACGGAGGAGCUCCGGCGCAGGGAGGAGGCCGAGGCCGACGCGCGGCUGGAGCAGGAGCGUAGCCAGUCGCGCAACACCGGCGACGCGCGACUGCGCGGGAAGUUUUCCGGCCAGCACAAGGUGGAGAACGCCGGUCUGUCAUCUCAGCCGAGCUCGACGACCGACUACGGCAGCCGGGUCAAGGAGCUGGAGCGGGAGCUGGAGCUGGCGCGGCAGCGCGAGGCCGAGUACGAGCGCGAGAGGCAGGAGCGCGACGGGCGGCCGCGCAAGGCGGCCGCGGAUCCGGAUGCGGCGGCCCGCGCCCGGUCGCGCGCCCGGUCCAGGAGCCGCGCGGCCGGCGAGCCCACCCGGCAGGACUCGUACGUCAAGGGCGAGCGAGAGGUGCUCUCGACGGCGUGGAGGAACCACCACGACGAGGCCAGGGUGCAGGAGGAGGCCGAAGAUCUUCGUCGCAGGAUGGAAGCGGCCGCCAUCGAGGAGCGUAGCCCUGAGACCUCGGCCCUGUCAGCCUCGUCUUCGGCAGCGGCCCUGUCGCCCCGGCCCCUGCCCAACCCGGCCCUGGCCUCGUCGCCCCCGACGCUGCCGGCCGCCGUCCAGAGCCACAACACCGGUGGAAGCGGCACGAGCCGUCCCCUCCCCGACCCGACGCAGUACCGCCACCGCCACGCCAACCAGGUGUCCUCCCCUCCUCCGCAGAAGCCACCCAAGCCAUCCCCCGCCACCGCGACAUCACCCCCCGCCACCGCGGCAAGCCGCGCCCGAUGGCUGAGCUCUUCCCCCCAGAACAGCAUCCGCGGCGGCGGUGGCGGCAGUGGCGGCGGUGGCAGUACAUCUACGCCCUCGCCACCCCAGAAGCAGGCCGCCCCGGCAAAGAAGUCCCUCCUCGAGCGGGAGAUGGAGAUGGAGCGCCAGCGUCAGAAGGAGUGGGAGGAGGCCCAGCGCGAGACGGCGGCCGCCGCACGGACGGGAGACGGCGGUGCCGUCGGCGGACGGUGGGACGUAUCGCAGUGGACCGGCUUCACGGGCGGCGACUCGCAGAACAGGGGCGGGCAGGGCAUCGGCGCGGGGAGGAGGCAGAUUGUCGGCCCUAGACCGUUGCCUGGGUCUAAGUGA